GAAGAAGAAAUCAUUACCUCUGAAUGUUGGAUGCCGGAUUGUUCUAACGUUAUGUUCCUCUGGUCCAAGCGCUUUCAGACAGGGCUGUUUACACUGUACAGCACUGCAAUGGACAGCGGUGCAGUAGUAUCAGGUGCACUAUAGCAGUGAUUUCCCCUGAUGACAUCUCUGGCUCAACUGGCGCCUCUGCCAAGGACAGAGAUCCUUGCAUAUUGGGUGCUGUCCUUAGGCUCACAUCUCUACUCUUUCUACCAACUGCACAGGUUCUCCAAAGAGCAUGAAGCAGGAUUAGAGAGAGGAUUCCAGUUGGAAAAAGGCCUUGUCAAGGGUUUUAAAAGGGACCUUUCUGACUUUGAGUGGAGUUUCUGGACUGAAUGGGCUAAGAAGUCUUUGCUGUGGACUCUAAUUGGUCAUGGCGUGAUAUCAAGAUUGACCAGCAUCUUUAAUCCCAAGCUUAGGGUGCCAGCACUCACCAUAUAUGGCCUCUUAGCAGCCAGCAGUGUGUUGGGGAUUAAAGGUGUGAGCGUGCUGCUGGUACAUGUGGGCCUGUCGUUUUCACUGGCCCAAUUACAAAAGCCUGCUCUGUCAUGGUGCUGCAACCUUCUGCUGCUCUCCACACUUCACAUCCAUCCACUACAAGAGAUCCAGAGAGGCUGGUAUAAGACCGAGGAGGAGUACUAUCUGCUCGUCUUCAGUGUCGCUGUCUGUGGACUUCGCCUCAUCAGCUUCAGCCUGGAGCAUUGCUGGAGCCCUGCAGACGGUGGUGGAGCUGUGCAGCUCGGCUGGUUGUUUUCAUACACCUUCUAUCAUCCUUUUUUCUACAAUGGACCCAUUAUCUCGUACAGAGACUACACUGAGCAGAUGCAAAGGCCUGCUGAGGAGUGUGACGGGGACAAAUCUGGUGUCAUUUACUUGGUGCUCAGAUCAGGACGAAUCAUACUGUGGUGGUGCCUCGCGGAAUACAUGAUCCAUGUUAUGUAUAUGCACUCCAUCCAAUCUAAUGAGACAUACUUAGAGAUCCUCCCUCCCUGGGCCUUGGGUGGUCUGGCGCUGGCCCUUGUCCAGUUUUUCUUUGUGAAGUAUCUGGUUCUGUUCGGCUUUCCAUCCAUGCUGGCUUCUAUGGAUCAACUAGUUCCCCCAAAGCUCCCUCGCUGUGUCAGCAUCAUGUACAGUUUCACAGGGAUGUGGAGGCACUUUGACGCCGGUCUGUAUCGAUGGCUCAUCAGAUACAUCUACGUGCCGCUGGGAGGUUCUCGCCACGGUCUUCUUUACCAAAUGUUAUCCACUGGCCUUGCGUUCGGGUUCGUCUGCCUGUGGCACGGCGGCCAUGACUACUUGCGAUACUGGGCCCUGAUGAAUUGGGCCGGAGUUGUGGUGGAAAACACACUGAAGUCUGUCUUUGCCUCAUCUUACAUUCACUCCAUUGUUGAGCGAAAUGUCUCUCCGGCGAUGGAGAGGCGUUGCAUUGCCCUUCUCUCUGCCUUCUCCACCGCCAUGCUCAUCCUCUCUAAUCUGGUGUUCCUCGGGGGGAUACAUGUUGGCAGAAUCUUCUGGAAGCGUGUCUUCAUUCAAGGUUGGUCCACCAUUGCCCUGCCUAUGCUGGCUUUCCUCUACUGCUUUGCUCAGAUUGGACUGGAGUGGACUUCUCGCCCACCAUGAGUCACCUUGACUUUGUAUCGGAGGCAGAAUCCCCCGAAUGCGACCUGCUGAGUCCGGAGCCUUGUCCUCACCAGACAGAGGCUCUGUGGCACACCUGGCUCUCCUCCACAGAGCGUCCUAAACCUGGCUGAAGUGCAGCUGACUGAGCAGACACUUUUACUACCUGCAAGGCCGUGCAAAAUCUGCCUGUAAGCUAAGACUUAAAGGAUCACUGCGGAUUCUCUCUGAGGAGUUUCGUGGAAAAUGAAAGUGCACAUAAGCUGUAAUUGACUCAAAUUCAGGGCAUUUCCAAUAUGAGCCCUUACAGUGUCAAAGCAUGUUUUCUACACAAUAAACUACACUCAAUCACUGUUAUUCUAAGAAACUGUAAAUUCAAAUAUGGACCCUAAAUAUGUUUGGUUAUAUGACUUUGAUAAAGUAUUGCUUAGUGGUGCGGUAAACCGGAGAAAUGCUAAUUUCUAAUUUACCGUCCUCUAGCUCGCCACUAAAGCGUUUGUUUAUUCAGAGGUAAAAAAAAAAGGCACAGAAUGCUGAAUAGAGCAGCAGGGAACCUGAUCAAUGUUAUUAUUCCACUUACAGAUGCAAUUUAGGUAAAGUAGGAUGACACUAAUAUUUAUAGAUGUAUUUUCUAAACACUUCCGAUGGACUACUAACUUUUCUUUCAGCACAGUAACAAUGAUAGAUGACAUUUAUCCACUGGAAUGCAGAUAAAAGGAAAAAAACAACACAAGUUACUCAUUUCUGUCAACUGUUUAAUGCCUAGUCAUUAUAUAUAUAUCCAUCUAUCUUAUGACGGAUAACCCUCCUGUACCUGAUGAAACGAUUCAUUCACAUGUUCAUGUUUAUGUCCAAACAAGUCAGGAAUGUUGUGGGGUAUUUUAAAGGGGUUAACCUACUGCCCUGUACUUGAGAAACUGAGGCAUGACAACUAGCUUAAGUAAAGGGUUAGAGCUGGGAUUCAUAGACAUAAAAAAAGAAAAGAAUAUCACAAGUCUUUCCUUUUAAGAGAGGUUGAAAUUGAUGCUAAACAAUUGAGGGGUAAAGCCUGAAUAGAGUCAAUUAACCAAUUAGACGAUCUACAGGAAAAUAAUCGUUAACUAUUUUUGAAAUGGUUUUUUUCUGCUUUAUUAUUGUAAACUGAAUUUGAUCAACUACACUGACAUUUUUACUGUAUAUUGAUAUGAUUAUACACCAAAAGAUCUAUGAGUCGAGAAAAUAAACUGCAGUUUAAUUUAAUUUAACAAUA